AUGGACGCGAAGGAGAGAAAGCAGCAGGUCGCGGUCUUGUGCUGCGACCUCUCGAAGGCUUUUGAUGUCGCAGAUCAUGGCGUGAUUACUGAGAAACUGCGCUAUUAUGGGAUAAAUGGCUCGCCGCUAUCACUGUUCGAGAGUAUGCUGCGCGACAGAAGUCAGAUAGUCGUAGGUGAUGGAGGCAGAGUGAAGUCGGACCCUCUUGAAGCUUCGAUGGGCGUAGCACAGGGCUCGUCGGUCUCCAACCUGCUGUUUUCUCUCCUCUUGAAUGAUCUGCCUGAGUCCAUAGAUACGGCCGAGGUGCUGAUGUAUGCUGACGACGUCGCCGCAAUUGUCACGGCGCCGACAGUUGAAAGCAUCGAGCAAAAACUGAACCAGACUACAGCACAGCUGGCUGAGUGGUUUGAUGUGAACGGGCUAUCUUUGAACCUUAAGAAAACUCAUUACCUUGUCUUCAAUCUUGCUGGUCGUACCACAAGACCGCUCACUGUCAAGGUAGGUAAUGAGGUACUUGAACAGACCACCAGUACAAACUUUUUAGGGUUCGAGAUGGACACAUGCCUGGCUUGGAAUCAGCACGUGGAUAAGCUGUGUGGAAAACUGGGGAGCGCGUGCUAUGCACUGGGCCGCGUCGCGAGGACGGUGUCUGCAGAGGCAACGCGCACCUGCUACUUCGCCACGGUGCACUCACUGCUGCAGUAUGGGGCCGAGUUCUGGGGUCGUUGUGCGGACUGGGAGCGGGCGUUCCGCCUACAGAAGCGCGCAGUGAGAAUAAUUGCUGGAGUGCCCCAUGAUACCCACGCGAAGCCGCUUUUUAUCAAGCUAGGUAUAUUGACACUGCCAGCAGUAGUCAUUCUGCGCGUGGCUUUAUACAUGAGAGCAAACCUGGCGUCAUUCAAAACAUUUGGAAUGUUAAACUCAUAUGAAACGAGAAACGCUGAUAAGAUUAUAGGUGUAGGCCGAAAGUUGACCAAGUCGUCUAAACUCACUCAUGUCAUGGGUCCCACCGUCUACAAUAAGUUGCCUAAAAAUAUUAUCGAUGCUCCAAGCUUGAGCAGUUUUAAAUUCCGCCUAAAGCAAUGGCUUAUUGAGCAAUCAUUUUAUAGCUAUAACGAGUUUAUAGCGUAUAAGGCAUAA